UGCAGUUUUAGCCGCUAUCCACAACAGUUUUCAGGCUUGCUCUGCGGACUCGAAAGCCCAACAAAAACUGGGACAAUUUUGACAUUUAAAACCAGUUUGGGGAUGAUUCAUUUAUUCUCAAAUAUGGGCUUGGAACGGUUUCGCGUAAAGAAGACGCCGGGGAUUGUAGCCCUUCUGGUCCGCUCGCUCCUUUGUAUCAGCGGGCUGGUACUCACUUUUUCUCCGCCUGUCUGCGAGGCGUUUAACUUGGACGUGGAGAACCCAGCUGUUUACAGCGGACCUAACGGGAGCUACUUCGGAUAUGCUGUUGACUUUUAUCUGGCCGAUUCUGCCAGUGUGAGUGUGGUGAUAGGAGCUCCAAAGGCCAACACCAAUCAGGUUAAUGUUACAGAGGGAGGAUCCGUCUUCUACUGCCCAUGGAGCCUCAGCCAAGCAGAUUGUCACACCAUUGAGUUUGAUACUGAAGGGGAUCGCACCGCCUUGCUCAACAACACAAAACAUCAGGUUGAUUUCAAGUCCCACCAAUGGUUCGGCGCAACUGUGCGUUCUCACGGUGACACAAUUCUGGCUUGUGCCCCGCUCUACUCCUGGAGGACUGAAAAGGAUGUCCCCCACUCAGACGCUACAGGAACUUGCUACCUCUCGGUCCAUAAUUUCACCAAAUUCGUGGAGUACGCUCCCUGCCGCUCAGAGAUCAGUGAUGCGGUCGGACAAGGCUACUGUCAGGGAGGAUUCAGCGCUGACUUCACAACGGAUGGCAGAGUGGUAUUGGGAGGGCCAGGUAGCUACUUCUGGCAAGGUCAGGUGAUCACUGCGGCUAAGGAGGACAUCAUCAAAUCAUACUAUCCAGGCUUCUUCAUGCAGUCUGUGGAGGGACAGAUCCAAACCAAACAGGUGAAGGCUGAACAUGAUGACAGUUACCAAGGCUACUCUAUUGCUGUUGGGGAAUUCAGUGGUGAUCAAGUGGAAGAUUUCGUGGCCGGCGUUCCAAAGGGACUCAUGCUUUAUGGUUCGGUGUCUAUUCUGAACGGAACAGAUCUGAAGACCAUGAUUAACUACACUGGUGAGCAGAUGGGAUCAUAUUUUGGGUAUGCAGUGGCAACAACUGACAUCAACAGUGAUGGGAUGGCUGACCUGCUGGUGGGAGCUCCCAUGUUCAUGGUUCGGGGCUCUGAUGGCCGUCUGGAAGAGGUGGGACGGGUCUAUGUUUACCUACAGCAGAGCCCCCUGAACCUGGAGCUCCGCCCACCUCACCUGACAGGCACCCAGGUGUAUGCGAGAUUUGGCAGCACCAUUGCACCUUUGGGAGAUUUGAACCAGGAUGGUUUCAAUGAUGUGGCUAUCAGCUGUCCGUUUGGAGGGGAGGAUCGUCAGGGACUGGUCUACAUCUAUAAUGGAUACUCAGAAGGACUCAGGGAAAAGCCAUCUCAGGUGCUGACUGGCCAGUGGGCUGCUGGUGCGAUUCCUGCCAGCUUUGGAUUUGCCCUCAGAGGAGCUAAGGACCUUGACAUGAAUGGAUAUCCAGAUCUCAUUGUUGGUGCCUUUGGUGUUGAUAAGGCAGUUCUCUAUAGAUCCCGUCCAAUUGUUGACACCAUUGCCUCUCUGACAAUUAACCCCACCAUGAUCAACCCUGAAGAGAAGAACUGCAUGGUCAUCAAUGGAAACACCAGUGUUCCUGUUUCCUGUGUUAACCUGAGUUUCUGCAUAUCUGCUGAUGGGAAACGCCUACCAGACAUCCUAGAUUUCCAGAUGGAGGUGCAGCUGGAUAGUAAUAAGCAGAAGCAGAAGGGUGCAGUGAGGAGGGCUCUGUUCUUGGAUUCCCAGCAGCCCUUGCACCAGAGGAGUGUGAGGUUGAGCCAUGGCGAGCGUGUAUGCCACAGCACCAAGAUCUACCUAAGAGAGGAGAAAGACUUCAGGGAUAAACUCUCCUCUAUUUAUGUGGCCUUGAACUUCAGCUUGGAUCCAAAAGCUGCCGCUGACUCCCACGGCCUGCGGCCCAUCCUUAACUAUCAGACCACCAACGUAAUUGAGCAGAAGGCUCAGAUUCUGUUGGACUGUGGAGAAGACAACAUCUGUGUUCCUGACUUGAAGCUGGCAGUUCACGGGAACAGGAAGGAAGUCUACCUUGGUGAUGACAACUCGCUGACUUUGACUUUCAACGCCAAGAAUGAGGGUGAGGGAGGGGCGUACGAGGCAGAGCUCUAUGUGGUGCUGCCCCCCGAAGCUGACUACAGCGGUAUUGCCCGCAACAAUGAGAGCCUGACCGAGCUCACCUGUAGCUAUGAGACGGAGAACCAAACACGAUACCUCAGCUGUGAUUUGGGCAACCCGAUGAAGUCUGGUACCAGUCUGUGGGCAGGUCUGCGUUUCACAGUGCCACGCCUGAAGGACACGCACAAAACUGUUCAGUUUGAGCUGCAGAUUCGCAGUAAAAAUGAGAACAAUUCCCACAGUGAGGUUGUGCCUUACAAGCUGGAGGUGGUUGUUCAGGCUGAAGUCAUUCUACAGGGGGUGUCUCGACCAGAUAAGGUCUUCUUCCCGCCGGCCAACUGGAAGGUGCCCAAAAACUACGGGGUGGAGCAGGACGUUGGGCCUGCAGUGGAACACGUCUAUGAGCUGGUGAACAACGGGCCCAGCCGGAUCAGCCACACCCUACUGGAGCUGCGCUGCCUCAGUGUCCAGGGUCAAAAUCUCCUUUACCCUCUUGAGUUCUCCGUAGAAGGCCCCAUGAACUGCACCUCCGACAGAAACAUGAACCACCUACACCUCAAACUCCAGCACACGUCCACAGAACCACCUAUCCUAGCCCUGAAGGCAGAUCAGCACCACGUCGAGAGGAGGGAUGUCCACAAAAACCAGCUCGCUCAUUUGACUAAUCUGUCCUGCUCUAAUACGGAGUGCUGGGCCCUCCAGUGCACCGUGGGUUUGCUGGAGAAGGGGACUACUGCAAUCCUCAAAGUGCGCUCCCGCAUCUGGGCCGAGACCUUCACUCAGAGAGCUUACAAGCAAUAUGUGCUGGAGUGCCUCGCCACAUACAGCGUGGAGAAGAUGCCUUACGCCAUCCUACCCAAACAUGCUCCCAGUGGACACAAAAAGGUGGUGACCCCCGUGGUGUGGAAUAAGCCUGAUAUCGAGAACUCAGUUCCCUUGUGGAUAAUCAUCUUGGCCAUUCUGGCUGGUUUACUGCUUCUGGCUCUACUCAUCUACGUCCUAUACAAGUUCGGCUUCUUCAAGAGAUCUCUACCUUAUGGUACCGCCAUGGAGAAAGCUCAACUCAAACCACAGGCUGCCUCUGAGGCCUAAAAACCAACCAGAAAUACCAGAACCACAGCACCUGGCCAUAUGAUUGCAAUGGAGAAACUCAAUGGAACAUGUAGACUGAAUCAGGAAGCAGUUGAAGAGAAAAGUGAAAGAGAGACCACUGGAACUCCACUGUGCUGCACUAGAGGAAGACAAAAUCCAAAGAUCUCCAAGCCAAAUGAAUGUUUCUUUUUUUUUGCUUUUUUAACUUAUGUCUUGUUUGUUGGCAGGAUGGGAUUUUUACUAAAUAGAACUUUUUCUCAAUGCCUUAAGGCUAACAUUGGAUUGAACAAUGAGAAAGUGACUGCAAAAUGUGCGCAGGCCUGCGGGUGCAAUGAGAUGCCUGUUGGGUUUCCUUGUGCAGAUUCUUGUGGUGAAGAGUUCUCUAACACCCCUUUAACUGCCUUUUUUGGUGCUAAUGAUCCCACAGGAUAUGGCCACAUGUAGCUUAUGGCAGCCAGGAGCUGUGAAUGACGCUGCCUGCUGAGGCCUGAAAGUGUUCUUCUGGUAUGUACUUAUCACAUUAUUGACAGAUCGGUAAACAGGUUUCAGGUGAUAAAACAUUUACCUGGCUAUAGCAAUGUCGAUAUUACAGGCCUGGAUGUUAGAGAAUCCAUAGCUCUGCUUUUAAGAAAACAUUUGAAGUUUUACAAGAGGACCUGACCUGCUCGAGGUGUUUCCCUGAUUCUUGCCUUAUGCAUGCUGGGAUAUGCUCCAGCACCUCGCAGAAAACGCAUAUAUGGAUGCUUCUUAACAGCUCAUGGAAAUGAUCUCUCUCUGCCUCAGGUUGGUGGACAGCGCUGGGUUGAGUUGUUU